AUGGAGCGCCUGAAGUUAGUCUUGCAGUACUUCCAGUCCAACUCCGAGUCCAUCUCCAAUGGAAUUUGUAUCAUCCUCGCCCUGGUUAGUGUCAAGCUUUACACCAGCUUCGACUUUAACUGCCCGUGCCUCCCUCAGUACAACAAACUUUACUCUCUGGGAGUGAUGAUAGUCCCGCCUAUUAUACUGUUCUUCCUGGGAAUCCUUGUCAACCGGCAUACAGGUGUCAUGAUGGACGAGUGGAUGAGACCCAUUGGGAACAGAUCCAAAAAUCCUGCUGUUGUCAAGUACUUGUUCUCAGCCAUGAUCCAGAGGGCCCUGCUGGCACCAAUGGUGUGGAUCCUGGUCACUUUGCUAGAUGGAAAGAUCUUUAUCUGUGCUUUCAGUGUGAGUGUAGACCCUGCACUCUUCUCAGGUAUGCCUAAUAACACAGGUCUGGAUGUUCUGAAGAUCAUGGCCAAAGUACCCUGUAAGGAGGACGUUAUCUUCAGGAAUAGUUCUUUCCGUAAAGCGGUUUCUCGUUAUGUUCGCUGCCAUUCACAG